GCCCGGAGCGGAGUUACUCCUCUCACACCGAGAGCCGCAUCGCAGCGUACGGACCGCUUCGCCGGGACCGCGCGGCGCACACACCGCAGAGACCCGAACACGGAGCAGGAGGCAGACCGAACCGGAGCGGAGAGAGUCCGGAUCAGAGAUGGACAGCCCCCAUCUGUCCCUGCUGUAGGUCAGCGAUGGCCCAGGUGUUUCCUGCAGGUGGAGGAGAUGAAGCCCAGUCCAGAGUCCACGUUGGUCAUCAUGGCCUCGCUGGAUGGAAGCACGCCGGUUGAGACGCUGCUGUCUGUGAUUCACCUGGAGAGGUACCUGGACACCUUCCAUCAAGCUGGUCUCCUAUUGGCUAGAGACUUCACUCACCUUGACAAUGAUGCUUUGGUCAGUCUGGGUAUAACCGCCACAGGACACAGAAAGAGAAUCCUACGAUUGGUCAGUUACAUCAAGAGGACAGAAGGUCAGAGAGCCAAUCAGAAGGUGGAUCUCCCUCGUGACCGUUGUCAGUCAGUUUGUUCAUCAGAGAGCGGUUGCACCGCUGCGUCCACCCAUCAGGAGGUGUUCAGGAACAGUUCUGCUCCCGACCUCGCCGCCAUGCUGACAAACUCAAACAGUAGUAGAGUGGCGGUGAAGCCGGUUCCCAAACCCAGAACCGUCUUCAACCGCCGCAGAACUACACCCGUCCAUUUCUGUCCAACACCGGACCCUGCACCGCCCCUGCCCAGGAGGCUUUCCCAGGAGUCCAUCUGCUUCACUGUGUUGGAAGGUCUGAGUUCAGGGGACACUCUUGCCGCAGACAACAGUUUGACCUCUGACCUCAGCGACAAGGCGACGUCCCCCAGCCGUAGGUCGAGCCAGACGGAGAGGACCAGGCCUGGCCGCAGCAGGUCUCUGUCAGAUGCUGGAGGGCUGUUACCUCCUGUUCCCCCAAGGCUGAACCGCGGGGUCCUCACCACCUUGAUGCAGGGGUCUCCUCCCACUUCUUCUUCUUCACCUGUUCCCACAGAGCAGGUCCAGGCUUUGUCCUCUCUGACUUCCUGUUCAGGUAGUUCUGAUAGCAGCAGGCUCUCUGGAUCCUCACCCUCCGGUUCUCCCCGAGGAGGAGGCAUGGAGAUGGUCUCUAAUGAGAUCUACUGGGGCACUUCACCCAGCUCUGCUGCCCACAGUGGAGGGAGGAGUUACUACAACCCGCAGUCAGCCCCGCCAACUCCACCCAGACAAACAACUGACAGGAACUGCGAGAGGAACAGUGGCAGCACUUUAAGCAACAACUCUUCAGGAUCAGCCCGAGCCUCCACAGACGACCCCGAGGAGGAGAUCAGCCCGUACUGUGAGACUGUUUUCCAAACCGGGAGACAGCCACACAUCCCUGAGAGUGAGAGAAGCAGACUGGAAGGAAGAGAGACGAGGAAAGAGGAGGAGAAACAUGCAGAGGAUCAUGGGGGUUGCAGGUUCUCGUGGACGAAGCGUUUCUCGCAGCCAUUUCAUGCCGGAGACUCUCCGGGUUACAGCACCGUGGGAGAGACCCCGCCCUCGCUCCGCUGCCUCUCCCUGCCCCGCCACACCUUCCCCCCAGAGGCCGACGAGGACCUCACCAUCUCCCCCUACGCCAGCUACACCUCCCUGACCGAGAGAGCCCCGCCCAUCAUCAGUGGCUGGCUGGACAAGCUGUCUCCACAGGGGGGUCAGAGGUCAGCUCUACCUGUUCUGCUGUGUCUCCUCCUCUCUGCUCCUCCCUGUGUCUCCUUCCUCCUGAGGAACUGCCUCUGCCUCGUCACUUUGCUUUCCUCCUCUUCCUCUUCUUCCUCCACUGGGAACUAUGUUUUCCAGAAACGCUACGUGAAGUUCGAUGGCAAAAACCUGAUGUACUUUGGCAGUGAGAAGGACGCCUACCCAAAAGGAGUGAUCCCAUUGGCUGCCAUCCAGAUGACCCGCCCAGCCAAAGACAAUAAAUUUGAAAUUGUGACGACUCACAGGAUCUUCGUGUUUCGGACGGAUAGUGAAGUGCUGAGGCGCCGCUGGGUGUCCACGCUGCAGGAGCACGUCAGAGAUCAGCUGGUGUUCGGACGGCGGCGUUUCGGUCCCGGAGCUCACUGCCAGAAACACGGAGUCCUCGAACUGAAAGGAACCAAAUCCAAAGUUUACGCCGCCAUCAACACGGACCAGAUCUGGCUGUACAAGAGCGAGCAGUGUUUCCGUAACGGAAUCGGCAUCACAGUGAUCGAAGCUCGAGGAGCGACGAUCCGAGAUGGAAAACACAAGAGCUUUGACCUCAUCACGCCAUACAAAACCUUCAGCUUCACGGCAGAUUCGGACCGGGAGAAACGGGACUGGAUGGAGGCGCUGCAGGAGUCCAUCGCAGAGACUCUGUCAGAUUAUGAGGUGGCCGAGAAAAUCUGGUCCAACCGCUUCAACAGGACGUGUGCCGACUGCAAGGCCCCGAACCCCGACUGGGCCUCCAUCAACCUGUGUGUGGUCAUCUGCAAAAACUGUGCAGGGCAGCACAGAGGUCUGGGGACGAUGGUCUCUAAGGUUCAGAGUCUGAAACUGGACACCAGCGUGUGGAGCAACGAGAUCGUUCAGCUGUUCAUCAUGUUGGGGAACGACCGGGCCAACGACUUCUGGGCGGCUCGUCUCUCUGCGUCCGAGGAACUGGACUGCGACGCCUCGCCCGAGCAGAGGAGAGAGUUCAUCGUCCAGAAGUACAGAGAGGGUCGAUACCGCCUCGCCCACCCGGCGUUCAGCAGCCAGGAGGAGCUGCUCAAGGUCUUGUGUUCAGCCGUCUCUGAGCAGACUCUUCUGAAAACUGUGACUCAGAUUUUCUCGGAGGCGGAGUCAGCUCAUAUCGCCAACGAGUCCAACGGCCGCAACCCCCACUCGUCGGAUCCCUGCAGCACGUCAGAUCCCAGCGUGUACGAUGAGAUCAUGCAGCCCGUUCUUCACUCGGGGUACCUCUAUAAGUCCAGCUCCGUGAACAGAGGAACGAUGUCCAGAAAAAACAGAGAAGACUUCCAGAAGUUCUGGUGCUCGGUGGAUCGGUCUCUGGUCUUCUACGAGUCGGAUCGAUCGGGUGAUCCCUGCCUGCAGAUCGGCGCUAAAGACAUCGUGUGUUUGGGAGUGGGUCGCCCCGACUCGUCCAGCAGCAGCGGAUUCAUUGACAGGUUUCGUUACACCUUCGAGUUGUAUUUGACUUCAGAGAAACUUUAUCAGUUUGGUUUGGAAACAGCCGACGACCUGCACAGCUGGACCAAAGCCAUUGGAAAGGCUGCAACGCCGCUCAGCUGUCACUGCCUGCUGACCCGGGAGUUUGAGCGCGUCGGGCUGCUGCGCUACCGGGCCAUGCUGGACCCUCAGCAGUGGAAGGAGGCUUACUUCGUCCUGCAGAAGUCCAACCUGUUCAUCUGUCCCCGGAACGACGGCGCAGCCGAGGACAUCAUCAACCUGAACCGCCUGCAGGAGCUGAGUAUCGCCUCAGAGAACGAGAACCAAGAGAAGAAAGACAUCCUGGUCCUGGUAGAAAAGGGCAGGACUCUGCACCUGCAGGGCGUCGGGCGAACAGAUUUCUCUCUGUGGUACUCCGAUAUCCAGCGAGCGGCCGGCGGUAAAGGAAACGCUCUGAGAGACCAGCAGAUGAGCAGAAACGACAUCCCCAUCAUCGUGGACAGCUGCAUCGCCUUCAUCACGCAGUACGGUCUGGGUCACGAGGGGAUCUACAGGAAGAACGGAGCCAAAUCCAGGAUCAAACUGCUCAUGGAGGAAUUCCGCAAAGACGCUCGCAACGUCAAGCUGCGGAUCGGAGACCACUUCAUCGAGGACGUGACCGAUGUGCUGAAGAGGUUCUUCAGAGAGAUCGAUGACCCCAUUUUCAUGGCCGACCUCCACCCACUGUGGCAGGAAGCAGCCAAGAUCCCUCAGAAGCGUCCGAGGCUGGACUGUUACAAAAGAAAUCAUCCGGAGUCUCCCCGAGUGAACCGGACAACUCUGGCUGCCCUCAUCAGUCACCUGUACAGGGUCCAGAAGUGUGCUGAUCUGAACCACAUGUGCACCAAGAACCUGUCGCUGCUCUUCGCACCGAGUCUGUUCCAGACGGACGGGAAAGGUGAGCACGAGGUGAAGAUCGUGGAGGACCUGAUAGACAACUACCUGUAUGUCUUCGAUAUCGAUGAGGAGCAUCAGACUCAGAUCGAGCUGGAGAUCAGUCUCAUCACCACCUGGAAGGACACUCAGCUCUCUCAGGCUGGUGAUCUGAUCAUUGAAGUCUAUCUGGAGAUGAAGAUACCAGACUGCUGCAUAACCCUCAAAGUGUCCCCCACCAUGUGUGCUGAGGAGCUGACCAAUCAGGUUCUCUACAUGAGGAACAUCCCGGCUGGGGACAAAGACGUCUGGAUGACGUUUGAGGCCAUCGAGGACGGUCAGCUGGAGCGUCCCUUACACCCCAAAGAGAAGGUCCUGGAGCAGGCUCUGCAGUGGUGUAAGAUGGCUGAUCCAAGCUCUGCCUACCUGGUGGUGAAGAGGGUUCCUAAAGGAGAAGGCAUAACGCUCCUCACCUCCUAUAAGAGUGAGAUCAUGAAGGUGGGACUGCUGAGGUGUCGCGAGGAGCCUCCGAAGCUCCUUCAGGGGAACCGGUUCCAGGAGAGAACGUUCCAGAUUCAAGACCACAAACUGCUGCUGCUCAAAGACAAGAAGAGCAUCAAACCUGAGAAGGAGUGGGGCUCUGAAGACCAUGAAGAUCUACAUCGUGCAUCCGCAAGAAGCUUGAAGGCUCCAACAAGGUGGGGCUUCACAGUGAUGUCAGAGAAACACCAGCUGUACCUUUGCUGCAGCAGUGAGGCCGAGCUGUGGGACUGGAUCACCAGCUUCCUCAGAGCUCAGAACGAUGACCCGGGCCCUCCGGUGUUGCGUCGUCACUCCUCCUCUGACAUCUCCAAGCAGAAGUUUGGCACGAUGCCGCUCGUCCCCAUCAGAGGAGACGAGAGCAACAGCAGCAUGCUGUCGGCCAAUCAGACGCUGAGGAAACUACACAACAGGAGGACUCUCUCCAUGUACUUUCCCAUGAAAGUCCAACAGGACUCGUUCGAGGAGCGUUCGGAGUCUCCUGACCUCCCUGAGCCGCUCUACGAGGAGGUCGGUGACUUCGGCCUGCAGGUCCUGAAGUCUCUGGAGACCAGCUUCCUGUCCAGCAGCAUUGCAGAAACCCAGGAGGUACCAGACCACCCACCGCUCAGGCUAGUUCCUGUGGAGACCGGACAUUUGGAUCACAUGAUGAUCCCGGAGGCAGUCCGGACGGCAGGCGGUUCUGUGGAGACUCUGGAGCAGAGCAGCGGCAGCAGUGGAGGAGCAGGUGGAGGCGACAGAGAAGCAAGCUCUCCUGAGUCCGACGCCUCCCAUCAGCCUCCAGCGAGGAGGAGGCAGACGCUGCAGGGAGUCUGUACUCCGUCUCAGGAGCUGCUCCUGCAGGAGCUGUCAUCUGCCUUCAUCAAAACGACCGAGGAGGAAGAGGAGAGGCCGUAUGAUGUCUGAGGACAGAAACAUUCAUCAAAGGUGGAGUCAGUUUGAAGCACCACUCAGCAUCCAUUUAGCAGCUUUCAGCUGCAUCACAUGGUCUUCAUCCGUUCACAUCGUGCCAGCAGGCGUCUCAAGGUGCUUUUAUGAGGUGAAGACAGAUGAAACAGAGAGAAUGGUCAGAUGAUCUCCUACAGGACUGUUCACAGGUCAGAAACUUUGUUAAAACCUGCAGCUGACAUUUGAUGAGCUGAGGAAGGUCAUGUGAUGCAGAGACACUGAAUGGCCUGUGGUGACUGGAGCUGAAUUAGAAGACAUCACCAGCAAUGUUUUCAGGGUUUGUUGACUUCGUGAUGGUGACCAGCCUGCAUGCAGAGUCCUCUCCAGCCUUCAGAGGGCACUGCAGCUGCAUCAGUUUGUCCUGCUGGAGACGCAUUUAACAGACUGAGAGUGGAGGAUGAACUCAGACUGAGCAGCUGAUGAUGAUUGUUUCUGGAAGGUUGAAGUGAGGCAGACUGUAAGAAGAAGAGUUUCAGACUGAUCACAGAUCAGAGUCUUUGAAUUCAGUCAGGUUUCUGUGCACGUCUUUCUCUUUCUGUAACAGGAAGUGUUUCAUCCACUCAUCACCUUUGAUCACAGAUAUCUACACGUGGAUGCUCCACCCAGCUGCCAUCAGGGGCUCGUUUAUUGCUGCUUUUUCCUAUUUGAAUGUAAGAAACACUCAGAGCGUCCCCGGUGAGAGUUGUUUUAUGAUAUUUUAAUGUUCCCAACAUGUUUAAUUUGAUAUCUAUCAGUAAUCCUUCUUUAAUCUGACUUCAUGUCAGUUUACACACUAAAUGAAGCUAACACUGGCUCUGUGGCUCUCAGCACAGGUAACCUGCAGAGCAGUCAGCCUGAAGUGGCAGUUUGAGGCGUUCGUCCCGGCUCUCUGUGCUCUGAGAAUUCAGCCAUUAACUGUUUUAAAUGUGAAGCGGCAGGAAAAUAACUGCACAGAGGCCGAGUUUGUAGUACCGCAAACAUAAAAAUACUGCAGUACUUCCAUCGGUUAUUACCACAGAUGAUAACUCAGUAUUAAUUUAGUUUCCAGCUUGAUUGAAGUGUUUGAUGAGAGGAUGAGACACUGUAUGAACAUUUUUAUAAACGUGUGCUUUAUAUAAAGAGACUUUCAAACAUAUCUGCUGUAACACCUGUAUUUAUGGGAUUGGUAUUUGACAGCAGCCACAUGUAUAACAAUGAAGCUGCUGGUGUGAACAAACUGGUUUUACUGGUGACACUGUGCAGAGCCGGUUAAUGAAGUCUCUGUGGUGAUGUUCUUGUACAGAUUUGUGAUGGUGGACUCUGUGUUAUUAAACUGCUGGUUUGCUGCACACA